GCCAGGACAUUUUCCUCACGUUAAUUUAAAUACUGUACAAUAACAGGACUGUUCAGUAUUAAUCUUCAAGUUAAUUCUUAUUCUGUAUUGUAAUGAGACAUGCUCAGGCCGCAUUUAUAAGACAAAAGGUUAUCGAAAAAUUAGCAUUAUCAACAAAAUUUACAUCGUAGAAUUAUGGAUAAGAUAACUCGAAUAGAUACAUCGGGGAACAUCGCGAUAGAGACAGAAACAUUGAAGGUUCUGCAAGAUCUUUUCGGACAGCUCUCACGCAGAACGCAGGAUACCUUGUCAACCAUCACAGCGGAAUCAAAGUUACUAUGCUGAAACACGUCCGGGCGAGGAAAGAAACCCACGGUUGGUGUUUUGAACACAUUUUUGCCCCGUUUGAUGGACAAUGGAUCGGAAAUGUAUCUCACCGCCUUGAAAAAACUCAAACGAAAGCGAUGGGACGAAAUUCAAAGAAUAAUCGAAAAAAGUAGCAACGAGGACCUACGAAAUGUUUGGCAAUCCAUAAAAAAUCUGGAAUCAACAUGGAACAUGCAACUCGAUACAUGGACCAGACAAGUAUACCACGAAUCUGUUUAUAAUGACAUCGGAGUGCCGAAGAAAGUAUCGGCAGGGGAUCAGCUGGAAGAAGCUUUCCUCAACAAGAAGCGUUUGCGUUUUGAAAUUGUUUCACAAUCAGUCCCUGAAACGGGCAGAACUCCGGGAUCAUUAUUGGAAACCGAAAAAGUUUUAUUCGUUUUCUUGAGCGACCACAAAAGCUUCGCCGGGAAAGUUCACGUUCGGGAUUUGGUUGCAAGAAGAGACAAGUUCGCCGCACGAGAUAGCAAGUUCCUUUUUAUUUGUUCGUGGGACAUGGAAAUUGCACAACAAUACGCGAAGAUGAUGCAGAUAAAGUUCAACGAGAUGGUAUGCGACCCAUAUUUAAGCUUUCAUCGAAAGUUUGGACUGGCUCAUGAUUGCAAAAAGGUAUUUGGUGCAGCUGCACUCAGAGCUGAAGCAGAGUUCAAAUUGAAGAAUCCGGUCCGAGAAUUUGGAAACGUCGAAGGGACACCACCGGAAGUAUUUCUUUCUCCCGCCAAAUGUGGAGACGACCUCUCCCCUGGUGAUGCCGAGACAGUCGGAGAAGAAAUACUGCGGUUGUUCGGAGCGAUGAAUUCUUACAAAGCUGCAUUUGAAACACUUGGAGUUUCGAGUCUAGAAGAUUUCAACAAGAUCAUCGCCAUGAAGUUCGAUUGCGUCGAAACCAAAGCUGCCGCAGAGCAGUUUUGGGACGCCGAAAACCGAUGGAACGAUUAUUUGAAUACGUUGGAUAAAGAAACGGGGAAUGCUGACGCGGGAGGCGUUGCGCUGGGAGUCGAAUUACCGCAGGACGUGAGGAAUUUGAUCCUGCAGGAUGCUGACGGGCAACAACAUGAGUCGUUCAACGCGAAGAAAUGCACCAUCGCAAUCGUGAGCUUUUUGGACGCCGCAGUCGCGAACGAAUGGAAAGAGUCCGUAAAGACGACUUUACCAAUAAUCCUAGACCCGCAUCGAAUUCUUUAUUCAACGUUCGGAUUAUCACGAUCUUUCCAGAAGGUUUUCUCCCACGAAGCGAUGUCGUCUUACGCGAAGGAAAUUCUCGCAGGAAAGCAUGCAAUUGGUAACCCCAAGGAAAUAGGCUACAAACCGGAUUAUUACAUGAUGGGAGGGGACUUCUUGUUGAACGCAGCUGGAAAAGUACUUGGAAGCUAUCCCACCACUCACAGCUUUGAUCGCGUGAAGAUAACCACGAUUUUGGAGACACUUCCGUAGCGACGUGUUUGGGAAUGAAUCCGAUCACCGAUGACAGUCGACAAUGAAAGUUAUUUUUACAGUUGCGCGACUUGAUGAUGCGACGGGAUUCACUGACUUCCCCUUAUUACGUUGCGAACGGAUGCUCGAUAUUGUUUACAGAAUUCAACUCGGAGGGAAAAAUAUGAUACGGUAUAAUGGAA